UAAAUAAAAAAUUAAAUUUGACGUAAACGUCAAAUGAAAAAGUGAGGUUAACCCGAAAAUCCCGCGCUAAGUUUACCCCCUAAAUGAUAAACGCGGUGGUGUUUAACGAUGGCUAAGGUUCAACUUUGUAAUAUAACGGUGAUGGAUAAUCCGAGUGCUUUCUCGAAUCCGUUUCAGUUCGAAAUAACGUUCGAGUGCAUCGAAGAAUUAAAAGAAGAUUUAGAAUGGAAAAUGAUUUAUGUGGGUUCCGCGGAAAGUGAGGAGCACGACCAAGUUCUCGAUUCGGUUUUCGUUGGGCCCAUUCCUGAGGGAAAACACAUGUUUGUGUUUCAAGCCGAUCCACCGAACGUGCAAAGGAUACCCGAAAACGAUGCGAUUGGUGUUACGGUUGUUUUGUUAACGUGUUCGUAUAAAGGACAAGAGUUUAUUAGGGUUGGUUAUUUUAUAAAUAACGAGUAUUACGAUCCUGAGUUGAGGGAGAAUUUACCGAGUCCACCUCAAUUCGAUAAAGUCGUUAGGAAUAUUUUGGCCUCCGAGCCGCGAGUAACUAGGUUUAAGAUUAAUUGGGAGGACCAAUCUGGGGGGGUUAUCGAAAAUUCUGAAGAAAGUGCUAAUACGGCUAGUUUGGAGUGUGUUUAAUUUAAUGUUGUCUAAAAUAUACUAUUUUUUAAAUUAAA